AUGGCGGAAUUAGUUGUUGCGGGCCCGCCUGCCCCACCUCCGAUGACGUUUCGCGAUCGGUUGACGCAGUUUAGGAUCCUCGAGGAGAAGAGAUGUGAGCUUAUCGAGGAACUCCUCGACAAACUGGAGAAGACGGAAGCACGCCUCGCACAAUGUGAACUCGACCUUGGCUCCGAACAAAAUGUCCGACGGACAUUGCAGGCGGAAAUAGCAGAUGUCACACGGACGAUGCAAGGUCAGCUGGCAGAGUCCAAGGCAAAGGAAGAAGCUCUGGUGCAGUCACAGGCCAAACGACCGUUCGUGCUGGUGCUUAUAGAUGCCGAUGCGGAGGGGUUCCUGUUCCACGAUAAAUACAUAACACGCAAAGCUCAAGGUGGAGAGUCAUUAGCAGAUGAACUAAACAUACGAAUCCGGGAAUAUCUGCGUGAACAGUUCCCGGAUGAUGCCGACUCGCUGGACAUCAUUGUGCGUGUAUAUGCCAACUUAGAAGGCAUGGCGAACUAUCUUGUGCGGCUUGACAAGGUGCGAAACCUGGGCCAGCUGCGAGCUUUCUCCACUGGCUUCUGUGGAAGGAUAACCAGCUUCGACUGGAUAGACACCGGAGUAGGCAAGGAAGGCGGAGCGGGACGAAAAGUUCGAGAAAACCUGUCGUUCUUCGCAUCCAACACCCAUCUACGGCACGCGAUAGUUGCAUGCUCACCCGUCGACUUGCCCGCCUCCCUUCUCACAACCAUACCACUAGAGAAGCUAACCCUCAUCGAAUCCCUGCCACUACCUACAUCGCUCACCACCAUGCCCCUCAAGACUGCCAAAUUCCAUACCCUUUUCCCUCCUCCACCACCCUCCAAAGCUCCGAAACCGAGUAGAGAGCGCGGCCGCAAUGACCGAGGACUGAGCGAGACCGACGUGAGACGAGGUGAUAGGGAGAUGCGGAGAGGAGACGAAAGAGGUGGAGGCCCACAACUACAGCUCAUGGAACAAGAACACGAAGGCGGAGGCUCGACAUGGCUGGUCAUACAACCCGAGAGGAGUAAGAGUCAGACUGUGAGCGGCAGAGACCGGGACAGGAGGAGGGCUGGAAGCGAGGAUGACACCAGCAGUUUGAGUAUCAGUAUCGGGCCAGACAAUACUGUUCAGGUCGACAGUGGGAGGAGGCGGAGGCUGAUGGGAUAG